GAUGAUGCUGUCUAAUUUGAGGAUCCUGUUGAACAAUGCAGCUCCUAGACAUGGUCACCAUUUCAUGGUUCGAAAUUUUCGGUGUGGGAAGGCACUACAAAAUGAAGUCCAAUUGAAGGGUCGUGACCUCCUCACUCUAAAGGACUUCACAGGAGAAGAAAUUAAAUAUCUGCUAUGGCUAUCUGCCGAUCUGAAAUUUAGGAUAAAACAGAAAGGAGAAUAUUUGCCUUUGUUGCAAGGAAAGUCCUUAGGCAUGAUUUUUGAGAAAAGAAGCACUCGAACAAGACUAUCCACAGAAACAGGCUUUGCACUGCUGGGAGGCCACCCUUGUUUCCUUACCACGCAAGACAUUCAUUUGGGUGUGAAUGAAAGUCUCAAGGACACUGCCCGUGUGUUGUCUGGCAUGACAGAUGCAGUAUUGGCUCGAGUGUAUAAACAAUCAGAUCUGGACACUCUGGCUAAAGAAGCAUCCAUUCCAAUUGUCAAUGGACUGUCAGACCUGUAUCAUCCUAUCCAGAUCCUGGCUGAUUACCUUACACUCCAGGAACACUACGGCUUUCUCAAAGGUCUUACCCUCAGCUGGAUAGGGGAUGGAAACAACAUCCUUCACUCCAUCAUGAUGAGUGCAGCAAAAUUUGGCAUGCACCUUCAAGCAGCUACUCCAAAGGGUUAUGAGCCGGAUCCUAAUAUAACCAAGCUGGCAGAGCAGUACGCCAAGGAGAAUGGUACCAAACUGUUGAUGACAAAUGAUCCAUUGGAAGCAGCGAAUGGAGCCAAUGUACUAAUUACAGACACUUGGAUAAGCAUGGGACAAGAAGAAGAGAAGAAAAAGCGGCUCGAGGCUUUCCAAGGUUACCAGGUUACAAUGAAGACUGCUAAAGUUGCUGCCCCUGACUGGACAUUUUUACACUGCUUGCCCAGAAAGCCAGAAGAAGUAGAUGACGAGGUGUUUUAUUCUCCACGAUCAUUAGUGUUCCCAGAAGCAGAAAACAGAAAAUGGACAAUCAUGGCUGUCAUGGUGUCUCUGCUGACAGAUUACUCACCUACUAUCCAGAAGCCAAAGUUUUGAUGC